UGAAGCGUCUACUUCCUUCUGUUUAAGAAUGGCCGUGCGCAUCUAUGGUUUUGGGCGCGGUGGAUGCUGGGGAUGUGAAGGCGCGAUGGUGGUGCUGGCGUAGUGUCGAAGCGCCGACGGGAGCAGGCAGUAGCUUCCAUCCAUGAUGUGCAUUUGAUCUCACAGUAUUAAAGAUGACAACUGCAGCUAGACCAACGUUUGAACCUGCAAGAGGGGGGAGAGGGAAAGGAGAAGGUGACUUAAGUCAGCUCUCCAAACAAUAUUCCAGCCGAGAUCUUCCUUCUCAUACUAAAAUCAAAUACAGACAAACCACUCAGGAUGCCCCUGAAGAGGUCCGCAACCGUGACUUCAGGAGAGAACUGGAGGAGAGGGAGCGAGUUGCUGUGAGGGAGAAGAACAGAGACCGACCUGCACGAGAUCACACAACAUCCUCUUCAGUGUCUAAGAAACCCCGGCUAGAUCAGAUCCCUGCGGCUAACCUGGAUGCAGAUGAUCCGCUAACUGAUGAGGAGGACGAGGAUGAAGACUAUGAUGAAGAGAGCGAUGAUGACACAGCUGCUCUUUUAGCUGAGCUAGAAAAGAUCAAAAAGGAGCGAGCUGAAGAGCAGGCCCGAAAGGAACUAGAGCAGAAGGCUGAAGAGGAGAGGAUACGGAUGGAGAACAUCCUAAGCGGGAACCCUUUGCUGAAUCUCACUGGUCCAGUCCAGCCCCUGGCAAACUUCAAAGUGAAGAGGAGAUGGGACGAUGACGUAGUCUUCAAGAACUGUGCAAAGGGGGUUGAUGAGAUGAAAAAAGACAAAAGAUUUGUCAACGACACGCUACGGUCUGAAUUUCACAAAAAGUUCAUGGAAAAAUACAUCAAGUAGUAUUUCUUAAAAUGUGCUGUGUCGCUGAUAGACUGAAUGGAGCGAGUCAUUUCCCUCCUCCUGAAAUACUUUGGUUAAAGUAAAAAUUUGGCAAGCAGUUCUCCUCCGAGGUCACUGGUACCUGUUUAACGUAACCCUCCAUCUGGAAUAUUUUGUGGUUUUCUUGUUUUAGCUUGACCAGCUAAUUUCCAAGAAAUAUUUUGUUUCAUUGUGACGAAUUUACUUUUAAUGGCUUUUCUGUAAAUGUUUUGAAAAUGAUUUGCAAUAAAUUCUUCACUCUUAA